CUCACAAGUGAGUGGGAAAGCUGUGGGGCCAUAGCAAAUGAAAGAAAGCCUGCAUCAUUGACAGACCUGUGAUCUGCCACAUGUGUCGUCUGUCGGCAGGUUGAGUGUAGAUGACUGCAGAGUGUCGGUCCACCUGAAGGACACCAGUGGACGCGUGCACAUUUAUGGACUAAAACCAGUCCUAACCCACCAUCAUGUCGGGAAAGUCUGGGAAAAAGAAGUGGGCGGCAGUCAGGGAUCGCCUGGGCUCCUCGCAGGACUCUGACACCCCGCAGGAGGCCAAUCUGGAAAGUGCCGACCCAGAGUUGUGCAUCAGACUGCUGCAAGUUCCCACUGUGGUCAACUACUCGGGGCUGAGGCGUCGCCUGGAAGGCAGUGACCAGACAUGGAUGGUCCAGUUCCUGGAGCUGAGUGGGCUGGAUCUGCUCCUCGAGGCCCUGGAUCGCCUCUCGGGGAGAGGAUGCUCUCGCAUUGCAGACGCCCUGCUGCAGCUCACUUGCGUCAGCUGCGUCCGGGCAGUUAUGAACUCCUCUGCCGGGAUUCACUUCAUUAUAGACAAUGAGGGAUACAUUCGGAAGCUCUCACAAGCCUUGGAUACUUCCAACACCAUGGUGAAGAAGCAGGUGUUUGAGCUCCUCGCAGCCCUGAGCAUGUUCUCAGCAGACGGACAUCGGCUGGCUCUGGAUGCCCUGGACCAUUAUAAGGGCGUGAAGACGCAGCAGUAUCGCUUCAGCGUGAUCAUGAACGAGCUGCAUUCGACGGACAACGUCCCCUACAUGGUCACGCUCCUCAGUGUCAUCAACGCCCUCAUUUUUGGAUCGGACGACCUCAGGCAGAGAGAUAAGAUGAGAAAGGAGUUUGUCGGACUUCAGUUACUUGACAUUCUGCCAAAGUUAAGGGAGCAGGAGGAUGAAGACUUGAUGAUUCAAUGUGAAGCAUUUGAAGAGGCAAUGGCUGAAGAUGAGGAGGAGCUGCUGCGGGUGUACGGCGGCAUAGACAUGAGCAAUCACCUGGAGGUCUUUACGACACUCUUCAGCAAGGUAAGCAGCUCGCCGGCCUCUCUACAGCUGCUGUCCAUCCUGCAGACACUGUUGGUGCUGGGUCCCAGUCGCUCCGAUAUCUGGCUGGCUCUGGAGGCCAUUACCAACAGAGCCUUCCUGCUGGCCCAGGACUCUCAAAUGGAGUCGUGUGAGAGGAUCAUGCAGCGGCUGCUCUUCUCCAAAGACAAGAGCCGUGAAGUUUGUCAUGAAGUGGACGGACGACCCGUCAGACUGGAUAAGGCGGUGCAAACUGAUCUGGAUAAAAGGCAGCCAGACACAUGCACCGCAGCGUCCCCUCAGAAGCCACUCUGUGUCCCACCACCACCACCACCUCCUCCUCCACCACCUCUACCAUCUAACAGGUGUCCGCCCCCGCCACCACCACCACCGCCGCCGCCGCCGCCACCUCUACCUGGAGGGUUUGGUGGACCUCCACCACCUCCUCCCUUACCUGGCAUGCCACUGCCCUUUGGACCAGGCAUACCUCCUCCUCCACCUCCUCCACCGGCGCUACCAGGGAUGGGAGGACCACCACCGCCGCCUCCUUUACCCGGCAUGCCACCUCCACCUCCUCCUCCCCCGGGCAUGAUAGUGGCUCAGAGUAGCCAGUUCCUGGGCUGCACUGCACCUGCGAAAACAAACCGAUGUCCCACUCUCAGGAUGAAAAAGCUCAACUGGCAGAAACUCCGAGCCGUCACUGAUGGUCCCUCCAUGUGGGCCUCGGUUCAGAAAGAGCCUCCUCCUCGCGAGCCGGACUACAGCAGCAUCGAGCAGCUGUUCUGUCUCCCGGUGACCGAGCACAAAGACAAGGGGGCAGCUGCUCCUGUCAAGAAGGAGCCUAAAGAGAUCACAUUCAUUGAUCCAAAGAAAAACUUGAACCUGAACAUAUUUCUAAAGCAGUUCAAAUGUACGAAUGAGGACUUUGCAGCCAUGAUUCAGAAAGGGGACAGGACUCGGUUUGAUGUGGAGGUGUUGAAACAACUCCUGAAGCUUCUGCCAGAGAAGCACGAGAUCGAUAAUUUGAAGUCCUUCCAAGGAGAAAGAAGCAAGCUUGCUAACGUCGACCGCUUCUACACCACGUUGCUCGACGUGCCGUGUUAUCAGCUGAGGAUUGAAUGCAUGCUGUUGUGCGAGGAGACGUCGUCAGUGCUGGACAUACUCAAGCCAAAAGUCAAGCUGGUGGAGGAGGCCUGCCAGUCUCUUAGGUUGAGCACGCUCGUACCCAGUUUCUGCAGGCUCAUCCUUGACGUCGGGAAUUUUCUCAAUUAUGGAAGUCACACGGGGAAUGCAGAGGGGUUCAAGAUCAGCUCUCUGCUCAAACUCACAGAGACCAGGGCCAACAAGAGCCGCAUUACGCUGCUUCAUCACAUCCUGGAGGAAGCAGAGGCGAACCACCCGGAGCUGUUGGCGCUGCCAGACGAUAUGGAGAUCUGUGAAAAAGCAGCAGGAGUUAAUCUGGAAUCCCUGCAGUCUGAAGCAAGUACCUUACUCAAACGACUGAGCGACACGGCCAAGAAGGUCUCCAACUCGGUUGAAGAGGUCAAGGAGCAGUAUGCCGAAAUCCUUGAAGAUAAUAUGAAGGCGUAUCGAGCAUUCAGCGAAAGGUUCGCCGAGAUUGACAAGAAGAGGAGUGAGCUGGCGGUCUACUUGUGUGAGGAUGCGAGUCAGCUGUCGCUCGAGGAACUCUUUGGAACCUUAAGGACUUUCCGGGAGCUUUUCAUCAAAGCACUGAAGGACAACAAAACCAGGAGGGAGCUGGCAGCCAAGGCUGAGAAGAGAAAGAAGCAGCUGGCAGAGGAAGAGUCCAAGAGACAGAAGGGAGAGAAUGGAAAAAUAAUCAAGAAAGGCUUUGUGCCACAGGACGACGGCUGCAUCAUUGACCACCUGCUGGCAGAUAUCAGGAAAGGGUUCAGCCUAAGAAAGACCAGGCCAAGGUGCGAUUCGGAAAGCCUCCCUUCUAGUGAAAUGCGUAGGGAUACCUGCCCACCUGGAUCAAGUGUCAAGCCUGCAGAAGGAGAAGCCGCAGGAUCAGCCACCAGCUCCACUCUCACCACGCCUCAGACAGAGGGUCACCAGGUCAGCGCGGGCGAAAUGAACGGUUUCAUCAGUUCACCAGAAGAGGUUCCAACGGUGCCGCAGAGUUCCGUGUCCGACAGUCCAGCUGCUCCUCCCAACACACUCCCAGAAGAGCCAACCCUCACGAGCCAGGCACACCCAGAGCGACCUGCGUCGCUGCAGACGGGACAACGCCCGGAGGAGCCUGCGGCGCCACGACCUCUGCCUCAGGUUGAAGGGGAUUCCACCGCAAAUGGCUUUUCCUCCGAUUCCGUUGAAACCAGCGUCCUCAGCCCAUCCUCUCUCUCAGACUCCGACCUGCUGGACGCCACCGCCAGCCUGCUGCCCGAGACACCGGUGCACGAGCCGCCACCUCACAUCACCGUCGAGGGCGGUCCUUUACCAAAUACAGACGUUGCUCAGAGUAGUGAAAGCAAUAAAAAAGGACAUGAGACGAGUAAUAAACUAAGCCAUUUGACCGAGACUGUAGAGAAAGGGGACAAUGGAGAAGAGCGGGAGUCCAUUAUUACCAGAAUGUACAGCCAAGAAGAGGCGACGAGUCUCAAGCACUCGCGCCCUAAGAGUAAUGUGAUCACACUGAGCGAGGGCAACGAAGUGUGCGACGUCCCAGAUGGACUGGAAGAACACGACGGGCCGCCGGUGUCUGAAGUGGUGCCUCAGCCCUCGCAGGCCGACGUCAAAACAUCGCACAGUUUCUUUAAAAGAAACAAAAAGAAGAAUAAACAAGGUGACUCCAGGAAACGGAGAUCGAGAGGCAAAAGAAAAUUAUAAGUUAUGAACUGGAAGAAGGACUACAGUAUAUAUAUAUAUAUAUAUUAGUCUGUGAGACUACAUAUUAUACUGUAUAUUGACUUGCCCUCAAGAGGAUGCAGAAGAGAACUUCUGUACCUGGGGUUCCUCCCAGCGUUGAUGUCAACAUUUGUCACUUUAUGUAAAUGUUCAAAAAGUAUGAAUAUUCUUUGUAUGUUUUGUAUAGUUGUUGUAAUAAUGCAUCAAAUUUUCCGUUAGCCUUUUCCAGCGCCUUUUGGCGCGAGAUCAUUUACUCUCUUUACACUUUGAAGCAAAAUAGCAUAGGGAAAAUAUAUUUAUUGCUUUGCAUAUAGGAUUCAAGUCUCUAACAUCAUAUAAUGGAUUGUAUCUUUUAAUGUUUAGUAUAUUUUAAUAAAAAUGAUUGUUCAA